AUGAGGGCGGCGGCGGCAGCAGCAGCAGCAGCGGCCAGACCUCGGCCUCAAACUGAAGAGCGAGGGGAUGGAAUGCCAAGACGCCGGAGGAACAUGGGAAAUCGGAUGAUGGCCCAGAGGAGAGCACAGCAGGCGGAAGACUGGGCGGAAGAGGAAGAUGAUGGUGAGGAGGUGCCAGAAUUUCAGGUGUCUGGGAAAAUCGGAGCAAAGAAACAGAGGAAAUUAGAAGAGAAACAAGCCAGAAAAGCACAGAGAGAGGCUGAAGAAGCAGAGCGAGAAGAACGGAAAAAACUUGAGUCAAAGAGAGAGGAGGAAAGGCGGAAAGAAGAGGAGAGAAUACGUCUUGAAGAAGAACGACAGGAAGAGGAAAAAAGGAAGGCAAAGGAAGAAGAGGAGAAGAGAGAGUAUGAAGAGUACCUGAAGCUGAAGGAGAGUUUCAUAGUUGAAGAGGAAGGAGUUGAAGAAUCGAUGACAGAGGAAGAGUCUCGUAGCUUUCUAAUGGAAUUUCUCGAAUAUGUCAAGAGAGCAAAGGUAAUUCAGCUGGAGGACUUGGCUUCUCAUUUGGGUUUAAGAACACAGGAUGCAAUUAACAGAAUCCAGGACCUGAUGGCAGAUGGCACUUUAACAGGUGUGAUUGAUGACAGAGGAAAGUUCAUCUACAUCACUCCAGAGGAGAUGGCUGCAGUGGCUCGGUAUAUCAAACAGAGAGGACGGGUCUCCAUUGCAGAACUGGCCCAAGCAAGCAAUUCCCUGAUCAACCUCCAGCCUGACAGCGGAGCUGUCGCUCAAACAGUGGCGUGAGAGUGCAGUUUGAAGGCGCUGCAGGAGUUUAACGUGACAGUGAAUAAGCCACGUAAUUAAAAACAAAUAAAAAACCCUCCAAUCCCUUCACAGUUAUUUCAGAUGAGGCACUGUUUAAAAUAUUAGCUGCAAGACUUUGGUAAAGUUUUGCUUUUGAUUCUGUUAGAUAGUUGGUAUAAAAUUGGACUGUCAUUUGCACAACAGAUGCUAGUCAGGAACUUGGGGCUCAACCACUCUGACGCACCUGUACCCCAGAAAUUUUAGUAGUUCGUACCUGGUUAUUUUUCUGUCUUGCCAGUCAGUCCCAUGUGAACAUACCAAACUUCUCAUUGUUUCCACAUUCCUGUGUCAGUAUCAAAUACAUUCAGUCGUGAUUGCAUUCAGGAUUCGCCAGGCUUGCCCUGAACGUGCCGACCUGUAUAAUUUUGUGGCAAUGAUGACUGCAGCCUGGAACGAUAGCUCUGUGGGGAUGAGGCAUGCAGAUUUUGUCUUCUGCAUCAGUAUUGGAAGGGCAUGGAAAAAAAAAAUUUUGCUCUUACUGAAAUGAUAAAACUUUCUGGACUGCAUGGUAUGUUGUGAGAACUUCCGAAGGCAAUUUCGGAAAGCUUUUGCAAUAUAAAUACUUUCGCUGUAUGAAUACCUGUUUGGCUUGGUUUGCAUAAUGCCAAAAGUUUACUCGCAGCCAAGCUGCGAUAAUGUCUGUAGCCAAGAGAGACAAACAUCUCCAAGAAAAGGCAAAUUCCCCUAAUUCGCUGUGCAGGCCAAUUCUGCUGACAUCAACUGGGUUCUGAUGGUUUGUCUUUUGAAGUAAGAGCCAGCUCAGUGUGCCUGAAGGCCUCGGACCCCUGUGUUUAAUAAUUAAAAGAAAAGAGAGAGAGACCAAGUUCAGGGACUAUGAAUCAUGCAGUUAAUGUUACAAGUAAAUGAUUAUUAAUAUCUUUUUUAAUUGUGGGGGUCAAGUGUAUUUCCUGCGUCAGAAAUAUUUAUUUUCUAAUAGCCCAAUAGAUGCUUUGUUAAUUUUCCUUUCUGUAAUGAACAGAAUCUACCAGGAUAUACAGUAACGGGGUGAGGGGUGGGCUGAUUUUGUCUAUGCCCAACUUAGAGGUAAAUUGAGUUGACUGGAAGCUACGUUACUAGUGAGAUGAGAUAACAAUAAAACAAUGGAAGGAAGCACGUUUCCUGUUUAACCUCUGUGCUACUGCUGAAUGCGUGCUACUCUGCAGGAGUGCUGAGUUAGAGUGCAGCACCACAUGGUGAUGUGAAAACUGGUACAUCCUCACUGUGUUGCAAGACGGUAACCAGCAAAGAGGUAACUUGAUAUUUGAGGCUUAUCUCUAAAUUAUUCAGAAUUUGAUUUUGCCCUUUAUAUCUGGUUUGUGUUCUGUCCUAGACUAUUCUUGUAGUAAAAUACAUUUUUUUUGAAAGAA